AUGGGGGCAUAUAUUGCCAAGAUGCUCUUGCCCAUGAUCAGCAGUCUGGUCUUUUUGCCUCUGACCAGCAUAGCUACCAAGAGGGGAUUUCACAUGGAGGCUAUGGUCUACUUCUUCACCAUGUUCUUCAUGGCGAUCUACCAUGCCUGUGAGGGGCCGGGCCUGUCCAUCCUAUGCUUCAUGAAGUACGAAAUCCUGGAGUACUUCACCGUUUACGGCACAGCCAUCUCCAUGUGGGUCACUCUGCUAGCACUGGGUGACUUUGAUGAGCCGAAGCGCUCCACACUGAACAUGUUUGGGGUCCUGACGACCGCAGUGAGGAUAUAUCAGGACCGCUGGGGCUAUGGCAUCUACUCGGGCCCUAUAGGGACAGCUGUGCUCAUGAUCACAGUCAAGUGGUUGCAGAAGAUGAAGGAAAAGAGAGGCCUGUAUCCAGAGAAGAGUGUCUACACGCAGCAAGUGGGCCCAGGAUGCUGUUUUGGAGCCCUUGCUCUGAUGCUGCGCUUCUACUUUGAGGAAUGGGACUACGCCUACGUCCAUAGUUUCUACCACCUGUCGCUUGCCGUGUCGUUUGUGCUCCUGCUGCCGAAGAAGAACCGCUACGCAGGAACGGGACGCAACGUGGCCAAACUCAACUGCUACACCCUCUGCUGCUGUGUAUGA